AUGGCGCCCUCCGCCUUGCCCGACGAACCUCAAAUGUACGCCUCGACAGUGGCAGAGAUGGCCACCGGCCGCCGCUUCUACCCGUCACAUAAGUUCAUCACCAGCUGCGGGACAGUCACCGUCGACUUACAAUCGAGACGCAUCCUUCUCAUAUAUAACAAGCGCCACUGUAUCCACCAACUACCCAAGGGUCGCAAGAACAUUGGGGAGAAUCUCCUGGAAGCCGCGCUUCGCGAGACCCGCGAAGAGACGGGCGUUGCCGUAAGGCCCAUUCCGUUGCAAAUCAGGACGAGGGCGACGCUGGCAGAUGCGCCACCCGGAGCGCCGGAUAUCACCGAGGGGACAGACAGCACGGAGCCCGUUGCGGUGUGUCAUUAUCCGGACCCGUGCUCUGGCGCGAUGAAGAUGGUGUUUUACUUCGUUGCCGAGGGGUCCUGCGGAUUGUCGUCAGACGGGGCAACCGGGGAGGACAGGGGGAAGUUUGAAGUUGUCUGGGUUGGCGUUGACGAAGCAGCUGACAAGCUGACGUUUAAGGAAGAUGGGAUGGUCGUUACCAAGGCGCUGGAGGAUCUUAGGAGUUCGGGAUAUGAUGUUUGA